GUGGUGUCUUCAACGUCUCAGUGCGAAAAUGAGUGCUUUAAUUAGUAUAGAAACGCUAAUUAUAACGGCAGUUCUUCUCUUACUCUACGCCAGUUGGCGCUUGCGCCAAAAGCAGAAAUACUAUCGCAAUGUAACUUCAAAGUUGCCCACCAUUGGUGGUCUACCGUUUAUUGGGCAAUCCUAUCAUUUGUUUAAUGCCGAGACAUUGCUCGGUAAAAUCAGUGCCCGCUUUGAGAGCAUGAAGACAUCGACGGCUUGCAUAUGGAUGGCAACAACGCCAUACGUGCUUACCAUCGAUCCCGAGGUCGUCAAACUCGUCACAACCGCGCCUGAGUUCCUCAGCAAAGCCAGGGAUUUGUAUACACACUUUGAUAACGGUGUAUUCAAUGGCAUCAUUGUAAGUCCAGUACAUAAAUGGAAAACCAGUCGCAAGGCUAUCAGUCCUUUCCUUGCACAUACUAAUAUUUUGGGUUUGUUUCCUUACUUCAAUGAGAAUGCAGUCAGUGUGAAGAACAAGCUUGAAAGAUUGGCUGGGCUAGGUGAACAAGAUAUUUAUACAAGUAUCAAAGAAUGUGGCCUACAGCUGAGUCUUCUAACUAUUAUGGGUGUAAAGAUAGAAGAAGGCAGUGUGAAGUGCAAGGAACUCCUUACGGCAUUUACUGACCUUUUUGAUCACAUGUCCAAAACCAUCGUACUCAAUGCGUUUGGCCUAGGCUUUCUAUCUAAUACUCCACAUUAUAAAAGAACAGUUAAAUACUUGCAAGCGUUAGUUCGAACUCUGAUAAAGGAAAAUCUUGCAGAAAAUGUUGAGUCGGAGACCAUAAGCUAUUUUGAAGAGAACAGACACUCGAUGAUUCAUUUGGCGCUAAAAGCACUGGAGAAGAAAGUAUUUAGCAAAAAGGAUGUGGAAAUUGAGUGUUUCACAAUGCUAGCUGCGUCUUACGAGACCUCCGUUAGUGCGGCAUACACUUGUCUGGUGAUGUUGGCAAUGCAUCCUGAAACACAGGAACGUGUUUUGCAAGAGAUUCGCUCUGUGUUUCCAGAUGGAAUUACAACCGUUGAGUAUGACGAUUUGAAGAAAUUUCCCUAUUUGGAUAUGGUCAUAUCGGAAUCAUUGCGUUUAGUACCACCAAUAACAAUACUAGGACGGGAAGUUGAAAAAGACACCGAACUCUGUCCCGGUGUAAUAUUGCCCAAAGACGCACAAGUUUAUAUACCAAUUUACAUAUUGCAUACGUGUAAGGAAAUUUGGGGUCCAGACGCACACUGUUUCAAUCCAGACAACUUUUUACCCGAGAACAUUGAAAAGCGUCACCCGUAUUCUUACAUGUUGUUCUCGAAGGGCCCACGCAACUGUAUUGGCUUUCGUUAUGCUGAAAUCACAUUACGUAUCAUGUUGAUCCAUUUGGUACGUAAUCUGAAAUUUUCCACAUCUACUAAAUUUGAGGAUAUCAUUUUAAUACCAAAAGUUACAAUGACUUAUAAAAAUUAACCACAAAUAAGUAUAGAGGUCAGAGCAGACUAAAUAGGAAGAAUUGAUAUCAUUCGACAUAAUUGCACUAUAU